UAUAGUGUGAGGCCGAUUCUUUAUCAGCACAGUCUGUGAUCAGCAGGCCGGUAACUAGUACAACACAACAGUCAGGCAGAGAUAUCCUUUGUACCUUACGGCUUCAACUUACCUGUGUGAUUUUUUGUGUGGUUGGAAAUCUCAAUUAUAAACCUGAUGGAAUACAUCACGAGAUUAUUCGUUGUUCUCUGCCUGUCUUUGGUAACGGUAGUGGUACUAGGAGACAACGAACCGGAACCGGAAGCUACCACCCAACCAAUUUGCCGAACGUGUAAAGCUGGAUAUUUUGCCAUCCUUGAAUGUAACGAUAAUCACGACACUGUAUGCGCGCCUUGCACGGGAGACAGCUUCACCCCCAGUCCUAAUCUCUUAAACAAAUGUACCACCUGUUCCACGUGCGGUGAUGGUUAUUUUGUGAUGAAGCCAUGUAGCAGACAUGAUGACACCGUCUGUGAAUCGUGUUUGUCAGUGAAGGACUCUCGUCUGCCUUCCUACCAGAAGCGUUGUUUAGACGCUGUUGUUGCUGAUCAGACUCGUCUUCUUCCGGAACCGGAACCCAAAGAGACUCUGGUAUUACCGGAAGGGGAGGGGUCAGCCGAUGGGGGUGAGGAAAUUUAUCUAGGCUCAGAGUUUCAAGCGCCAGUGUUAGAUAACACCGAUGAUAUUAUAGUUAAUGCAUCACAAAUAAUAAAGUUCGAUGAAGAUGAAGGAAGCGGCGACGAGGUAGAAUUGAAUAUUGGUGCACAAGAAGAGCCAGACACGGAAACGGAUUUGACGACUAGUUUACCCCCAGUAAAAGAUACAAAAAGUGACGAAACAGAACAAAACAUCACUCUUCAAUCACAAUCUACCACCACACAAAAUACAGAACUAACAGAUGGCGCUGGGUCAGUUGAUUUCAUUCCUAUGACAACUACCUUUUCCACAUUAACAGCUAAAUCGACAAAACCGAGUUUUGUUCGCCUUACAGCGAAACCGGAAGUUCCUACCGUCACUCCUGUAGGAUCGAUACAUAUUGGUGAAGGUUUAAGUGUCAAGCCGGAAGUCGAGUUUACGUCAAAGAGCGGAGUCGGUCCCAGCGACAAAAACUACGUAUUGUAUACGGCUUCUCCACAUAACAGAGGCAAGGAAAACAGAGUCCAUCACCACCACGUGGAGAAUUCGCUGGACAAGCCGGUCCCCACAGCAGAACAGAAGGUGGGCGCCCAGAGCUCCCCCCACGAACAUGAAGAAGGCACCAGCAAAGUGACUGUUGGAGUGGUGGUCGCAGUGGCCGUAGCGGCAGCCUUUGUUUUCUUCAUCCUCGGAUUUAUCGUCAGUGUGCGAUGUCGUCGAACGCGAGAGUCGUUCCAGGUGAUGAAGAAGGUGGAUAAGAACGGGUCUUGGAAUAGUGGCUCGCCCGUCCCUAUAAAUAUCGAAUAUCGUGACGAGGAGCGUGAUGGUAUAUAUGAUGUCAUCGACAAGGACACAGCACGCCACCCUAGCGGAAAGCCGAUAAAGCAGGAGCACGUAACUCCAAGACGAGUGGAGGAUUUGUAUGCUGUUCCAGAUAGGAAAAAGAAGAGCAAAGACCCAGCGCCACGUGUUGAUCAUAUCGACAUAAUCAAAUUCAUUGAUGAGACGACGGAUGACGAGUUCGGAACGAAAGAUGAAGAACUCCUUGGUUUGCUGAGGAAAGGUCGGGAGGGGGUGACCCAUGAUCACAACGGUUCCAUACCCCGUCUCGACGACUCCGACAGUGGCGCUGAUUUCGGCCCAUCAGACACGCCACCUGUCGAAGUCAGUCAUCAGGAAGGGGAGACAAUAGCGCGAGACCCAAAUGUCAUAAUCGAAGAGGAAGAAAACGAAGAUGAAUCAUCGCCAAUGCUUACAAAUGACUCUCAAGAAAGCACGCUCUCACAAGACGCGCAUGAUUCAGUUGAGGAUUGAUAACUGUGUAUACAAUUAUGAUGACAUCCAAUAGAUUUGUGUAAGCAGUCGCCAAGUCAUCAUAUUAUGUGUAUUACAGAAACACUGGCGGAGUGAGUACUAUUAAAGAGUCCACAUGUCACAGGUCAACUUCAUCGUGACGUCAUCGACUUAAGUGUACAUAAAGGAUGCACGUAUGACUUGCUUCUAUAAAGUACCAGGUGGUGACAUCAUUAUUAUGACUCUUCUCAAUAAUCAAUGAGAUAUAAACGACGAGACCAUUAGCAAACAAUCAGGGACGGAAGUAAAUGUUGAUCACACUAAUACGUACAAUUCACAACACAUGAGUUUUAAACGUUAAUCGUCACAGAGAUACUAUAAUACAAGCUGCCUUUACAUAUGUGUAUCAUUGUGUCGCAACCCUGUGCUUCACAACGCUUUUGCACUUACAGUGGCGUAGCAUACAAAAGGGAAAAAAUCAAAAAAUCUUCUUGAAAACUUUACUCCGACGGAACAUAUGAUACUGUGUUGUCCUCGGAUAAUCGUUGAAGGGCCUUUCAGUCUUAUUAUUUGUUAAUACACGGGUGAUUGUUUCUAGAGCCUCCUAUAAUUUUGUUCCAGCUAUGUAAGCAUACACUCCGAAAAAUGAUUUGCUACGCCACUUAUUCACAGAUUUAAAUCAUAUAGUGCUAUACUAGGACCAGUUUUGAAUAUUCAACAAAUGAUAGUCAAGUGCUAAAAUCAAACAUCGGUGAUAAUAUGAUAGUGCUACAUUGGAGGUUAUAUAAUGUUAUCAUGAACAAUAGGGGAUCCCGAUUUCCGCAACUAAGUGCCGUAUAGUAUUUUAAUUUAUUUUUAUCAUUUUAGUGCAUAAUAUGAACCAGUGGUGAUGGGUUGCCUGCGGUGUUAGACGUACGUACAAGAUAGUGAGGUUGACAUCGUUUAUUUUCGUUACAUUUUGUGACACACUCGUUACUAUACACUAUGCCAUAUCCGCGCCACAUAGAUCGGCAUAGGAUCGUUGUUCAACACUAACAUACACAAAUGUAUACAAAUACUGUUAAUAUUGAAAUAUUCUGCUGAAUCGCUUUUUAGAUUACAAGUCUAUAACUAUUCCUUAUUGUUCCCAAUACAUAAAUAUGUUCCUGUACCUUUUUGUAAGACAUUUUAUGCUCAACACAGAGUAAUUGCAUUGACAACGAACCAUUCUUAAUUAGAUAUGAUUUAGGUUUACAUACCUAAAAUUUAAUUUCUAGAUGUUGAUAGACUUAUUAUUUCUCUUGGUGGACUUAUCUUUGCUAUUUUGCCAGCAGAAAACCUCUCGGAAAGCGUCACUUAUUUCGUCAACCACCUUAUUUAGGGAACCCAUUUUUACAAGUUUUGUUUCCAUUAAUAUAGUGCUAGAUAGUUAUUUGCGUACUAUACCGCCGCUCAAAUCGCAGAAACACUAACAUGUAAAUAGUGUAUAAACAUGUAUAUUCUAGUAAAGAAUUUGUGCAAUAACGACAAUGAGAAAUUAAUAAGUGUCGUUUUGUUAACAUUAGAGUGAAGAUGUAUGUGUAUCUGAUAGCCGUGGAGAUAACUUUUAUAUCAAAUAAAGGUUUGGACGAAACAGGAACAAAGAAUGAUAGAGAAACAAGAAGUUGGAAUGAUAACAGGAAAAAAACAUUUGAAUGAUACUAUAUUGAGCGCUUGAGAGGCUGAUCCUUUCCCCACCCUCGGUUCUUGUGACGUCAUAGUGCGUGAGGCUAUACAUACAAACGUGUAACUUACUAGUCAGGUCUUCGUGUGCCUCCUCAACUUAUAUUUGGAGGGGUUGCUUGCUUAAUUUAUUAAACUAAGGUAUUUGUACAUGGUUGUCUCAAUCAGUGUUUUCUGUUUGAUUAUGAGGAUUCAUUAUCUCCCUUGAUUUUUUUCUAACUGCCAGAUUUGUGUUUGAAUUGCACACGUUUUCGUACAUAGUAGUAAGCAUCGGGACGAUGUUUGUGACGUCAUCAAACAAAACACGCUUUGACAUUCGUAGCUAAGGAAACGCACGCUGUCUUGUUUGUAUUCAACAGCGUGUGAUGUUUUAUUUAUAAUUUUAAUUAAUUAUGUAUCAUGUUAUCUUGUUAUGUAUAUAAUAUUGUAUGUCGUCAUUUGUUGUAUCUGAUCGCUCACCACGACACUUUUAAUUACGAUUAGCUUGUGAAGCUGAUCAUGACGUUUCAGAGAAAUGACGUUUCUUUUUAACUAUGACGUCAUCAUCCGCCAGUUACGUUGACGGAUCCUUGGCGAUCUAGCUUCAAUUAUCCUCACAUUUUUGAAUCGACAUUUCGUGCCCUUUCGUUCCCAAUAAGAUAAUACCGUUGGGAUCUUAGAUAAGCUACUGUAUAGGUAAAGAUUUUUCGAAUUGUUCUGAUUCAGAAUUACCAAGGUCGGACUGAAGGUACAUGACGUUAUUGGCGUCCUCCUGUUAUUCUAAAUUGUUACCUUCCACAUACGUGUGAUGUUUGUCCGAUUCGCCUUCACUGAAAGCCCUUUUUUAUCAGUAUCUGAUAACUUAUAAGUACCGUGGUUUACUCUUACCUUGAUUUACCCGCAUACAUUCGUUGUACAUGUUUCAAAUCUGUCAACAAUACGAUAAUCAAAUACAAAGUACAAAAAUGGUGUUAUUUUCGUAGUGUGGAACUUUUUUGAAAGCACAUGCAUGCUUUAUUGUAUAGCCUUAAGGUGCUGUAAUUUGUAUCGACAAUAACCUGUGUCCGAGAUACAAUAACCAAUUAAUACGAGUUGUGCAUUUAUGAACAAUUUAAUUCUUUAUGAAUAACAUUUUGGAAAUAAUGUGUUGUGAAAUAUGGAAAAAAAUAAAAUUUAGAAAUUCA